AUGGAUGAAAACAAUGAAAAUCCUCCUAUUGACAGAGAGACUCUGCAGACUUUCAGAAUACAUCCAUAUUUUGAAAAGACAAGCCCUGAUGAAUGGGAAGUUAUUAGUUUUCACCGUUUCCGGUUAGAACAGAACAAGAGCAACCUGGAAGAGCUUGUCUAUCCAAAGGCUGCACAACAGCUCAUCAAGAACUUGCAAUGCAUUUCUGAAACGUCAAGAAAUGUUGAUAAAGUCCCCUUGGGCUGUGGCCACAUGGACUAUGGUUACUUGUGGUUUGGCUUUCUCCACAACAAGGAUGCUCAACUACGAGUUGGAGUAUUUGAUGGCCUACGGGUCGUUGUGGUCUGCUAUUUCCUAGCAGAGUGGGGUAUUUUAAUUGCAGUAUCAACCACAGCUAUGUGA